AUGAAUCCAGUGGGAUAUGGUGCUGGAUCACUUCCUAAUGAUCUCAACAGAUCGCAGCCUCCUAUACUGAAACCACCAAACCAACAGCACCAGCAAGGACUUCCUUCAGCCUCUCCACAGCAACCACCAUUACUUCAACAACAACAACAGCAACAGAACCUGCAGCAACCGAGACAAGGUUCUGGGGGGCCUAAUGCUGGCAUCAUAGCGGAGCUAUCUACCUCAACCCCACAAACAGGGACUCACAAGUCGAAGAGGAUGUAUCCUGCUGGUAUCAAUGCAUAUUCAGAACCAACGCCCGGAUAUGAUAUCACACCAAACGGAGGUUUUCAAUCCGCUGGUGUGCCAGGGAUCCUCUCUCCCCAAUCUACGAGUGCUGUAAAACCUAUGCAACCUGUCACACAAGGAUCACAAUAUUUUGUGCCUGUUGAAAAUCAGCAACCGACUUUUAAUCAACCUGUCCCUACAUAUCAACAAGGAUUCCAUCCUCCCCAGCCUAAUGUCAACCAACUAACGAACCAGAUGGGUACUAUGAAUGUCACUGGAGGAGGAUUUGGGAGUCAAGGGACUACACCUAUGACGACUGUUGCUUUGAUGGGAUCUGCGCCAAAAAUCAUCGACCUGGAUGCUCCUCCACCAGCCAUUGCUCUCCCCACCACAGCUGCAAUCACUCAAUCGCCAUAUGCUAACUGCGAUCCUACAUAUAAAAGAUGUACUUUUAAUGCCAUUCCAGCCACUUCACAGCUUUUGACAAAGUCUCGACUACCAUUUGGGCUCGUCAUCACCCCCUAUCGCAGUGUGAAGGAAGGCGAUGAACCUGUGCCUGUGGUCUCAGACUCGAUCAUCGCCCGCUGUCGUCGAUGUAGAACAUAUAUUAAUCCAUUCGUGAAGUUUGUGGAAGGUGGUCAGCGCUGGAAGUGUAAUAUGUGCUACACGCUGAAUGAAGUACCAUCUUCAUUCGACUAUGACUCUCAAACGCAGCAACCCGUAGAUCGCUGGCAACGCAAGGAACUCAACCAUGCAGUAGUGGAAUACAUUGCACCUACAGAGUACAUGGUUCGACCACCUCAGCCUCUAGUGUAUAUGUUUAUAAUCGAUGUGUCGUAUCCCGCCAUCCGGUGUGGUAUGGUAGCGACCGCGGCGACGACUAUAUUGGAAUCCUUGGACAGGAUACCCAAUGAUGAAGGGCGUACCAAGAUUGGCAUCAUUACAGUGGAUAGUUCUAUCCAUUUUUACAAUUUGAACACACCCUCGGGUGAGCCUCAGAUGUUAGUUGUCUCCGAUCUUGAGGAACCGUAUUUACCUCAACCUCAGGAUCUUCUCUGUAAUUUGAGUGAGUGUCGCGGUACAUUGGAGACGUUGCUGGAUAGAAUGAAAAACAUGUUUAAGGAUACUCAGAAUGUUGGCAAUGCAUUGGGACCAGCUCUGAAUUCUGCCUACAAGCUGAUCUCACCCAUUGGAGGCAAGAUCUUGUGUUUACAAGCAUCAUUGCCUAACUUGGAGGCAGGGGCGCUCAAGAAUCGUGAAGAUACGAAGUUGUUAGGUACUUCUAAGGAAUCAACUCUGUUACAGUCAGCUUCGUCAUUCUAUAAAUCAUUUGCAGUAGAGUGCUCAAAGUCGCAAGUUUGCGUCGACAUGUUCCUCUUUGGUUCACAGUAUUCAGAUGUCGCUACUCUUAGCUGUCUGCCUCGCUUUACUGGGGGAAGUACGUUCUUUUACCCCGCAUUUACAGCAGCUAAAUCAGAGGAUGGACUCAAGUUUGCAAACGAGUUGGCAGAGUUCCUUUCACAUCGGAUUGGAUUGGAGGCAGUGAUGAGAGUGCGUGCUUCCAAAGGAUUGAGAAUGGCAGCGUUUUAUGGCAAUUUCUUUGUCCGAUCAACAGAUUUACUGUCGCUGCCCAAUGUUCCUCGUGACCAGUCAUACUCGAUUGAAAUCAGCUACGAUGAGAAUCUGACAAUUCCAAUCGUCUGUUUCCAGACUGCACUGCUGCACACUUCCUCCUCAGGCGAGCGCCGUAUCCGAGUUUUAACAUUGGCCCUUCCGGUGACGACGAGUCUGUCAGAGCUGUACAUGUCUGCAGAUCAGGUAGCGAUUGCAACGUUGCUCUCAUGCAAGGCUGUGGAACGUGGUAUGAACUCGAAGCUGGAUGAUGCUAGAGACGCCUUGACAAAUAAAUGCGUGGAUAUCUUGGGUGUCUACAAGACGCAUAUGACGGCCUCAUCCUCGGGCGCCACACCCAAUCUUCAGAUCUGCGAUAACCUUAAGCUGUUGCCAUUGUUGACACUUGGCAUGCUUAAGCAUGUAUCGUUUCGUGGGGGUUCACAGAUUCCUUCAGAUCUUCGCUCGUAUGCGAUGCAUUUGAUGUCGACACUUCCUUCUCAAUGCUUAAUUCCACUUAUUCAUCCUCGGUUUUACUCGCUACAUGAUAUGCCGGAGCAUUGUGGAACGAUUGGUCCAGCAGGCAUUGAAAUGCCGCAACCCAUGAACCUGAGUAGCGAGCGAUUGUCGCGUUCAGGAUUAUUCAUGUUGGAGGAUGGACAGAAUAUAUUCUUGUGGAUUGGUCGGGACGCAGUUCCUCAACUGUGUAUGGAUCUCUUUGGUGUUCCUAACUACGAGAGUAUCCGUGGUGGAAAGACUACAUUACCGAAAGUGGAGACAGACUUUAAUCAACGAGUAAACUUAAUUAUUGAAAAAGCUCGAGAGAUGCGUCGUACUGUUUACUAUCCUCAGUUGUAUGUGGUCAAGGAAGAAGGUGAUGCAGCAUUACGGCUGUGGUUUUUGAGUCAUUUAAUCGAAGAUCGCGCGGAACCUAUCAUGAGCUAUUACCAAUAUCUUGGAUAUCUCAAGGACAGAGUAAAGCACUAA